CCAACACUUGGCUCUUGUACGUUGCAGUUGCGCGCGCGUUUAUUUAGUGUAUUUGGCAUACUCCCCAAAUUUUGGGGUCUCAAUGAGAGUCAGUUCUUCUUUUGGAGGUGCAAUUACUUACCAGUUUAUGUAAUCGGAAUUCCCGUAGUGCCGCGUGAUGGUUGCCGCUGCCGGGUGAGAAUGAUCGAUAGGCGAGAUUCGAAAGUUAUCUGCACGACCUGAGCCCUUUUCCUGGGGGUAAACUGUUUUCCUCUCUUUCGCUGCUAACCGAAUGGCAGUAUCAAAUCAAUGCACUUGUAAAUAGCAUCUAGCGUAAAGCUUCCGCCAAUAGAGUGUGCCAAAAUGACGACCUUAUCGCAUCCUUACAAAGACUGUCCGGAGCCGAAAGAGGUUCCCACACAAUAUGCAAGGGAUGUGGACGCGCUGUUUGAGUGGAUCAAACAGCAGCCACGGUUUCCAUCAUACACCAGAAACCAUGCCCAUCUGUUUCUCCACGCGUGCCUCUGGGAUGUGGAGAUUGCCAAAAAGGCACUACAGAAGUAUGCACACAUCCACGCCACGGCGCCGGAUAUUUUCGACAAUCGGGACAUUCUCUCACCCGGAGUGCAGUUUGUGCUAAGCAUGACUCACAUGGUAUCGCUGCCGAAAUUAACGCCGGAAGGAUAUCGAUUAUUGUGCUACCGUUUGUCUGACUCGGAUCCAUCACGGAUGAACUUUGCCGAGGCAGUGAAAACGUUCUGCAUGUUUAACGACGUCCAGAUCAGCAAGGAUGGCCCAAUUGAAGGUUAUAUCGUUGUGUUCGACAUGAAGGGCGUACGGCUCGGUCAUCUGGCACGAGUGCAGUUCGGCCCGCUAAGGGUUUUCAUGAACUACAUACAGGACGCACAUCCGGUGCGACUGAAAAAGAUCUACAUCGUGCACACGGCUUCGUUCAUCAAUCAGGUGAUGGCACUGAUAAAACCGCUAAUAAAAUCCGAACUGUUAGGGUUGCUGCACUUUACCACUUCCGGGCCGGUGGACAUUUUGGAUGCGGAUCUGUUGCCGAAGGAUUACGGCGGCCCUCUGGCAGAGCUGGCAGUCAUGCAUGCCGAGCAGAAGAAGGAAAUCGAAACCCAUUAUCGCGAAUGGUUGAUAGAUACUGCUGCCCUCAAGGAGGCCCCUAAAGAUAAGAGUAAUGGUUCGUCCAGUUCCAUAAAACCGCCAGUGAAAGGAUUUCGCAGCCUAGAGAUUGAUUGAAUUCAACCGAAAUCAACAGCGUCAAGACAGGAGAGGACAUCGUGUUAGGAGCGUGUGAUAAAUAACGAUUUUUUUUGGUUGAGGCAUAUUCUAAAACAUGUAGUCUUAUAGUCGUGUCCAAUUGUUAUUGAAAUUUUUGUAUAUUGAAAUUAUGAUGAUUAUUUUAGAAAUAUAAAAUUCAACUUGCG